AUCCUGCUUGAAGGCGUGGAUCACGAAGGUGCAGUGGUGGCAGACCUUGUAAAUGGUGUCGUCAUUGUCGUGGCAGAGGACGAAGAGCUUCUCAAGAUCUGUGGAGAGAAAGCAAGAGGAAGUCGUGACUGCCGCCAUCGCGUUGUCAGUGGGAUUGCUUUGCCAUCUGGGUCUGAUAAGCUUUACACAGGGAGCCAAGAUGUCACGAUUUGGGAUUGCCACUCCGACUAGUGCAUGGGAGUUAUCAAUCUGGGUGGUGAAGUAGGUUGUAUGAUCACUGAAGGUCCAUGAAUUUUUUUCGGUAUCCCAAAUCUUGUGAAGGCAUGGAACUUACUGACCAAUGUUGACCUAAGUCUUAGUGGGCCAGUUGGACAAGUUUAUGCUAUGGUUGUGGGUAGUGACUUGCUAUUUGCUGGAACCUAGGAUUCAGCAGUCUUGGCAUAGAGAUAUAAUGCAGCCACAAGCAUCUUUGAGCCAGCUGCAUCACUUAAGGGUCAUUCGUUAGCUGUUGUCUCGUUAGUUGUUGGAGCUAAUAGACUCUUCUCUGGUUCCAUGGACAAUUCUUUAAAGGUCUGGAACCUUGAAAAUUUGUAGUGCAUACAAACCUUGACAGGGCAUACUUCAGUGGUCAUGUUUGUUCUUUGUUGGGACCAGUUUCUUUUAUCAAGUUCAUUAGAUAAGACAAUAAAGGUUUGGGCGGCCACAAAAAGAGGGGAUCUGGAAGUAAUGUACACACAUCAAGAAGAACAUGUAAGUUUUGUGUUCUCUUUUUCUCAUCGAUGAUGUAAUAACUAGGCGGUGAUAAUGGGUAGUACAUAUGAGAUGAAUAGAGGGUACUUUGCUGAGAUCUGGAUUCCCCCCCUGCAAAGAUUCAUUGCUGAGGAUCUUCACAGUAAAGCCCGAUGAUGUAGUCCAUUUGGAUAGAAGAAAAGGCAGAGGGAAAGGUUGUAUCAGGCCGUGAGAUUGUUCAGAAGGUCCUGAAGAAAAAGGUGAAGUAUGGACUGAGGAGAACCCAAGAUCCGCAUUGAGUUAGAAUUUUUUGUGUCAUGGUGGACAACUUAGAAUGUUUGGUUAUGCUGCAUAAGGAGUUAGACUGCUAUGGCAUGGUUGUAAUGUUUUGGAUCUUUGGUAAUCUUCUUAUUAUCAGGUUGCAAUGUAGGAAACAAUUUUGAAUUAUGAAAUUUUUGGAGCAGGUCAAAUGUGAUAACAAUGUAAUGUCGGC